AUGAGGCUGAAUGAGAGCCGGACAAGAUCCUUCCAGGCUCCUGUCACCAUCCGUAACUACCCGGGCAGGCAGGUCUAUGUCUUUCCCAAUGGCCGAUCUGAUUCGGAGGAGUCAUCAGAGGAGGAACUCAACGUUAUGGAAUUGCGACCAAGGGGCAAGGAGCAGCAGCGAUGCAGCUCUCGGGACAGAGUCGGAGACGUGGUACUUCUGGAACGGGAGAUUACGGAGGGUGAUAAUCUGAACAAGCUGGCCCUGCAGUAUGGCUGUAAAGUUGCAGAUAUCAAACGUGUCAACAACUUCAUCCGGGAGCAGGACUUGUAUGCUCUGAAGUCCAUCAAGAUCCCAGUGAAGACCCACGGGCUGCUAACAGAGAACGGUGGAGACCUGCGGCCGGUCCCGAGCGUGCCCGCGCAGCCCGGCCUGACACUUGUGGACUUAGGGGAGCCCGAUGAGGGUGUGAGCAGCAGCGCCGGGAGCAGGUGCCUCAGCGACUACUUCAAGGGGAUUGACAAAAGCAUUCAGGACGCGGUGCAGGCCGAGGUCCAGCUGAGCACCGAGUGCUGCCUGGAGGCACUGGAGCAGCCACUGCCCGAGCCGGGGAAGCAGGAGACCAGCAACGGCGCGGACUGUGGGAUCCAGUGGUGGAAUGCUGUUUUUAUUAUGCUUCUGAUAGGAAUUGUCCUGCCCGUGUUUUAUAUCAUCUAUUUUAAAACACAAGGCCUGGUGGCCCAUACCUCCAACACAACACUAACCUCAAACAUUUCAGCAGACGGAUUGCAAGGGAAAUUGCCACAGAGCUCAGUUGUAGAUAAAAAAUCCUAG